CCGCGCCCCAGCCACCCUGCGCAAGCGCAAUCGCCAGCUUCCCGCCCAGGAAGCCCGGAAGUGCUUCUUUGGGUAGCGGAGAAAGGAGACCCCAGAGCACUUAGGUGUACAGGUGGCAGGAGUGUGUUGUCAAUAUGCAGCGGUUGCUCCUUCCUUCAUUGAAGGCCUUGAUGGGGAGCCGGUGUGUACGGCUUCUGGUUCCUAGGGAGGCUCCCAAAGCACAGUGUGGUUGCAGCUAUGGCAUCAGGAGCCCUCUAAGGCCAGGGCAAUACAGCACCAUCACUGAAGUGGCUUUACAAUCUGGAAAGGCUACAGUGUCCCUUCCUUCAAAGGCUGCUGAGCGAGUAGUGGGCCGAUGGCUCCUGGUCUGCAGUGGAACAGUGGCUGGAGCAGUUAUUCUUGGUGGAGUAACUAGGUUGACAGAGUCUGGCCUCUCCAUGGUAGAUUGGCAUUUAAUAAAGGAGAUGAAGCCACCUACAAGCCAAGAGGAAUGGGAAGCAGAAUUCCAAAAGUACCAGCAAUUUCCAGAAUUUAAAAUCUUGAAUCAUGAUAUGACACUGGUGGAAUUCAAGUUCAUCUGGUACAUGGAGUACUCACACCGCAUGUGGGGUCGUGUUGUAGGUCUUGCAUACAUCCUUCCUGCUGCCUACUUUUGGAGAAAGGGCUGGCUAAAUCGUGGCAUGAAAGGUCGUGUUCUUGCUCUCUGUGGCUUAGUCUGCUUCCAGGGUCUGUUGGGAUGGUACAUGGUGAAAAGUGGAUUAGAAGAAAAACCAGAUUCUUAUGACAUCCCUCGGGUCAGUCAGUACCGCCUUGCUGCCCACCUUGGGUCAGCCCUUGUUCUUUAUUGUGCCAGCCUGUGGACCUCACUCUCCCUGCUGCUCCCUCAACACAAGUUGCCUGAAACCCGCCAACUCCUGUGGUUGAGACGGUUUGCUGGUGGAACAGCAGGUCUAGUGUUCCUUACAGCUCUCUCAGGGGCUUUUGUGGCAGGGCUGGAUGCUGGUCUUGUUUACAACUCCUUCCCCAAGAUGGGAGAAUCCUGGAUCCCAGAGGACCUCUUUACCUUCUCCCCCAUCCUGAGGAAUGUUUUUGAGAAUCCUACCAUGGUGCAGUUUGAUCACCGGGUUCUGGGAAUCACUUCAGUCACUGCCAUUACAGUACUUUACUUCCUGUCUCAGAGGAUUCCCCUUCCUCGAAGGACCAAGACGGCAGCAAUGACUCUGCUAGCUUUGGCAUACACACAGGUGAUCUUGGGCAUUAGCACUCUGCUAAUGUAUGUUCCAACUCCUUUGGCUGCCACUCACCAGUCGGGCUCUUUGGCUUUGCUUAGUGGUGCCCUUUGGUUUAUGAAUGAACUACGAAGAGUUCCCAAAUAAUUCGUAGAAGAUCAGCUUCCUAGGACUGAAACUGGUUUUUUUUUUGGUACCGGGGAUUGAACUCAGGUCCUUGCCACUUGCACAGCAGGCGGUGAACCCACUGAGCUAAAUCCCUGGUGCCCUGAAACUGCUUUUGAGAGCUCACCAAAGAACACAGAACUUGGGCUUCCUAUGAGGAUGACCUUGACAUGCCAAGUGGUUUCCCAAUUGGUCAAGUUAUUUAAAACUCUUUGCCUAUUUUGAGACAGUCACUGGCUCAAGAAUGUCAUUAAGUGUGGUUAUACCAGAGAUUCCUUUUUAAAUGUUACCUUCAUGUUGAAAAUCAGGCUUAAUUGUAUAGGAAGAAAUGUCUGCUGUAUGUUAUUUCUUAAUGGCCCUAUCUCAGUUUUCUAGUAUUGGCAGGCUCUUGGCCAUAUAAGCAAGGUUUCUCUGUCCUCAUGCCCCUGGGUCCUCUCCUCAGUAGAGUCCAGCUGGUAGAGACAGUAAUUGCAGAGCAGUGCCCCAGUUAAAGGCUUAAACCGUGACUGAGCACUGGCCCGUUGCUAAGGUGUGGGGUUGUAAGAGCAGGUUUUGUUUUGUUUUUUUAAGAAGCCAAAUAUUAGAUAUUUAUGUGAAACCUCUUAAAUGUUGGCAACUAAUUUCAGGUUUUAAAAAUGUAACACAAGUUUAACAUGCAGAGUCACAUAUGACCUGAGAUUGCCUAUUUGUAAUUUCUGAACUAGAUAAUCUCACUUCCCUUUCAACUCCAAUAUUUUGUGAGUUUCACUGUGACUCACAGUGUACCAUCCUCAGAUGUUCUUAGAAAAACAAAGGUAGACAGUUGUCUGUGAUGUUCCAAAAAUCCCAGACCCUGAUGGGCUUAUGCUAUUGCUUAGACCUGGUUCCCAACUUCUCUCACAUUAGAAUCUUAGAAAUCUCAAACCCCAAGCUUCAUCCAAGACAAUUAAAUUACAACUGCAAACAAGAAUAGGCUGGAGUUUCCAAGUGAUACCAAUGUGCAUAUAAGUUAGGGAACCACUGGCCAUACUCUGAAUAGCUGAGGUACCUUAGAAAGUUCUGACCAGCUUAUUCCCAUUCCUUCUGAAAUUCCACCCUAUUUUAUCUCAACUUAAUGUGCUAUGGUGAGCCUGUGAAUAUGUUAACAGGAUAUUGUCUCCUCUAGAUAACAGAAUUCCUUAAAGAAAGGGAACUGCAGUUACUGGGGCAGGUUCUCACUCCACCAUCUCCUGAUCCCCUAAUGUAAGGUCUCCUUAGUUAAUAACUGAGACAGCAGAGGGCAGUAUGAUACAACCCAAGGAACCAUAUACUAAUGCUUUUACAGUUCACUCCAGAAAAGUGGCAACUCAUGAGUAAGUUCAAGUUUCAUUUUACUUCAUUUUUCUUUUAUUACAGUUGAAGAAUAAGUUUGGAAAAACAGAUCCUGUAUUUAGCUAUAUAACUGCAUUAUGCAAUCUGUGAGCUCCUGGUGAACAGAGAUUGUCUUAAUUAUUUUUGUAUGUGUUAUUCUCAGAGCCACCAGACACAUAACAAAUACUGAAUGGAAUGAUUGUAUGAAUGAAAAAUAAACAAUUACAGAUUGAUGUCCCAAAUAUCUCUUCAAAUCACAUACUUAUAGGAUUAAAUGAUUUUCCCUUAAUAUUUUCAAAGGUCUCAACAAUUCUGUCAUUUUUAAACAUGAAGGAAAUUAAAACAUGUAUUUUAAUCAGUCAA